AUGCAGGAGUAUCAAAACAAACAAGAUGAAUAACAGAUUUUCUACCCUUAUUAAAACAAAACGGUGUGCUUAUUCGUGUUUUAAAUAUGCAUUCCUGGAGUCAAGAGGCGGUCAUCCUUUAUGUUCAAAAUAUACUAUAGCAGCAUUCAGUACUACAGGCUGGAACGGUGCAGGGUCAAAUGAUAAAACCAGCUCUUUGGUCAAUACAUAUAAAAAGUAUGAACAGAAAUAUCUUGACUACAUAGAAAAACGCUACCCUAGAUAUUAUAGGGUAAACAUGCAGGUGAUCUCAGGAGCAAAAACUACAUGGAAAGAUAUGAAAUACAGAUUGCAUUUACGGAAGAAAAUAAGAGAAGAUGGAAUAUCCUAUUUGGAAUUACCUUGGAAGGAUAUUAUGUUUAUAAGACAGGCUCGUAGAGAUCUUUUAAAAGUUACACCAACGUUGGUUCUGUGUAUGGUACCAAUUGUGUUCUACGUUGUUCUUGUUGUUGUUGCACUUAGACCACGUUUGCUGUUGAGCCAGCAGUUCUUCACAGCCCAGCAGCAGAAUACAUUCCAUCUGAAGGAUCAUAGGCAGCGAUGCAAAACCUAUCCACAAAUAUUGAAACAUCUACGGAACACUAAAUGCAAAACAACAGCAGAUAAAGAAAUGCUCAAUACACUAGUUGCCAUGGUGGUUACAGGUGAAGGGAAAGAUGCUGAAGACCUACUCAGAGUAAGGGAUCUGUUUUCCCAGUCAUUGAAUCUUGUCAGUUUACAGCGAUCUCAAUUAGCAGAUAUUUGUAAAUUGUUAGCAUUGAAUCCAUACCUGCAACCAUCUUUCCUGCUACGCCGUAGACUUGCCUCCAACCUUUUGGAACUUCAAAUGAUUGAUAAAGGGAUAAAAAAGGAUGGUGUUGGCAAACUGGAACUUCAAGAGCUUCAGAGGAUUUGUUUUGAUCGUGGUUUCUACACGAGCGAUGGCAAAAAUGAAGAGGAAUUUCGGAAAUGGCUUCAAAACUGGAUUGGGUUAACAGUAAACUUGUCUGAGAGUGAACUGCCAUUAUUAGGGUACGGAGCCUUCUUACUUGUGGUCAACCAUCCGGCAACUCAGAAUAUUGAAUUUAAAUUAUAAUUUAUAAAUUAGCAUUUGCGCAAAUCAUGUUGGCUCAUAUUGAAACACCCAUCCAUCUACGUCUGUCAACCGGAGAGUGUCAUCUGCAUAUCAGCCAUUGUGCAGGCUGGUAGAUCUGUAAAUCCUUGCAUAUAUAUUUUGUUAAGUGGAAUUAUAAGUUGCAAGAUCACUUGAAUCUAGAGAUUUAUUUUGAUGGCACAAUAUUAUGCCAGAGAUAAAAAUCUGGGUAGGACUAAUGUAAAGUGGGGGGUAGGAGGGGUUGGGUUUUGGAGAUCCUUGUCUGGAAAUGCUUGACAUUGACACUGAUAGAUGGAAUUACAGUAAUAGUUAUAUUGAGUACCAUAUACUCCCCCUUUGGAUCCACCCUUGACGUGCAAUGCAAGUACUGUACUGCGGUUGUACUCGCAGUAGUCGCCAUAUGCCACAAAGUAAGUUUUGUUGCGUGUCAAAUUGACAUAAUAGACCAAACAGGUAUAGAACCUGAAUUUUGAUAAAAAUGAAUUUUGUCUCAAACUGUCAAUAUACAGUACUGUACUUCUCAAUUUUGCUGGCUUGUAUCAGUUGAGGGCGCUAUGUAAAAUCUACUGUAUUAUAUCAACAGUCAUCAACCAAUUGUAUUUUUGAUGUAUGUUCUGCAUCAGGAAAAUACCAUAGGAGUGAUGUUUUGCCCGGACGUUUUAUUGUACUGUACACUUCCCACCCCUAUGUAUUUGAGAAUGUACAGUGUAUUCGGUACGAUAGCACUUUGGGUAGGGCAAAACAUAACUCCUACAACACCAAUAGUGUUAUUCAAUAUUUUCAAUCACUUUUCCAGCUUUUUUCUGGUGGACAACUUAAAUAAAAGACAGACAAUAUAGAAACUUUUAAACCACCAUUGUAUAUUUACAUUCAUUGCACAAAGCAUAUCAACUGUUCUGACUAGAAAGGAGGAAAACUUUACAAUUUUGAAUCCAAUAACAGAAAUUGACACGCAUACAUUGUUACUGUUUUUGUUUAUUUCUACAUAAAUAAAAGCACCGGGAAAGGAAUCUUAACUAAGAAUGUUUAUUUUUGCUUGUUAAACAUACUAAAGAUAUACACUACACAUGAUGAUAUUUGAAGAAAAUAUAUGUAUUUGAAAAUCUUGGUGAUAAACAAGUUUUAGGAACCUGCUUGUCAUUCAUUCUUGUUUAUAUAUGUACUACGUAUUAACUGUUUGGUUUACAAUAAACAGUUACAAUGACAGUUUUCUCUGUAUUUCUUGAGUAAUAGAUUUAAAUUUCUUCCAAUACACAGUAAAAUUAAAAUGUUGACCAAUGCCAAAUUGAAGUAAUUUUAGUGAGUUGUCAAUACUUAAAAAUGAAUUGUAAAUUUGUUAUAUUGCAUUAAUUCAUUUUGGCAAUGUUCAACAAUAUUUAGAUGUCACAUAAUUCAAUUGUUCCAAUACUUUUGAUAAUCAGGAGCUUUCUAUUUGCCCGAUGAUAUGAUGCUUAAACGGAUUCACUCGUGAUUGACAGUCGUACGUUCUCUGUACAACUUAAAUUUGAUCAAAUUGCAUCCUAGAACCCAUAUGUUCUCUCAUGCGCAGGUGAUUUUUAAUGACGUCAUUACGUUUUAACGCGCCAAGCAAUCGAAAGCUCUCUAUUGCCAUUCAGAUUAGCUCCCAUUCGCAUUUUGUUGUUCUUCGUAAACAAUUUUUAAAUAAACAAUUCAAAAUACAUUUGUUUAUGAGAAUGCUGUUUUUGGGCACCAUAUCCUAAACCUUGGUGGGACUCUUUUUGUUUAUGGGAGAACCCAAACAAACCUAAACUUCAAUUAAUAUUAACAAAACAGCUGGAAAGAAUUCAUACACAUAUUGGUGGUUUCUUAUUAUAGUUACUAUGACAAUGCCACAAACAAAAACGAGCACAUGAUUAAACGUCAAAAUUCUUUUUACACAAAGCUGAAGAAUUAGCUUACAUUUUCACUGCUUUUUACACCAAGCUGAGGAGUUUGUUUACACUACAACACUACCAUUGCUUUUUACAAAAAGCAAAGGGAGCUUCACUUGCGUUUUACUUAGAGCUAGGGAGUUUAGACUUCCAUCUUUUUUUUUUGUGGUUUUUUUUUUGUACAAAGCUAAUGGGCUUGCAUUACUUUUUAGUACAUUUUUUAAAAUAUCUUUCUAUUAAAAGUGUUUUACCAAAGCUUUUUUAAAUAAUUUAUAACGACAACUUUAAUUCCAGUUGGUAGAAUGAGUGUACUUAACAUCUGCAGCAAUGUUUUAAUACACAUCUAUAAACUAAAAAUAGUUACUUUUUUAUGUACACCUUU